AAAAACAGAAACGCAACGCAACUUAAGUCCAAUCCAAACACACACUCAAUCUUUAUCUAAUUCAACACAACAAUAAGUUGAAGUUAAAAUAUGGUCAUCACCGUCGCCGGAGAAUCACUCACCGGAAAUCCCACAGACUAUGACCGUCUCCAAGAGCUGAAGGCAUUUGACGAUUCCAAGUCUGGUGUCAAAGGUCUGGUGGAUGCUGGUAUCACCAAAAUCCCCAGAAUUUUCGUACGCCCACCGGAGGAUCGAGCCGCCCAUAACCCCAAUUCCGGCGAACCAACCGACAUCCAUUUCACAAUUCCGGUCAUAGACCUCGGAGGCCGGCGUUCUGAUGCCGUUGACGGUGUCCGGAGGGCUGCAGAGGAGGUGGGGUUCUUCCAGGUGAUGAAUCAUGGGAUAGCUGAGAGAGUGCUGGAGGAGAUGUUGGAGGCGGCGCGUGGGUUCCACGAGCUGCCGAGGGAGGUGAAGGCGGAGUACCAUACGAGGGAGUUGAUGAAGAAGGUGAAGUUUGGAAGUAACUUUGAUUUGUACAAGUCGAGGUUCGCUAACUGGAGGGACUCUUUAUUUUGUGUUAUGGGUCCUGACCCUCUGGACCCUCAAGAAUUGCCUCUAGUCUGCAGAGACAUAAUUAUUGAGUAUUCUAACCAAGUCCAUAAGUUGGGGAUCACUUUGUUUGAAAUGCUAUCAGAAGCACUUGGGCUCAAAUCUGACCAACUUAUAGGCCUGGACUGUGCAAAGGGGCAUGUCAUUCUGAGUCACUACUAUCCAGCAUGCCCUGAGCCUGAAUUGACCAUGGGCACAACCCAACACUCAGAUCCUGAUUUCCUUACCAUCCUACUUCAAGACCAUAUUGGUGGACUCCAAGUUUUUUAUCAAAAUAGGUGGAUCGAUGUUCCUCCUGUUCCUGGAGCUCUAGUAGUAAACAUUGGAGAUCUAUUACAGCUCAUAUCUAAUGACAGAUUUAAAAGUGUUGAGCACCAGGUGCUAGCAAACCAUAUUGGACCGAGAGUAUCCAUUGCAUGCUUUUUCACUCCUCACCUUCAUCCAUCAACAAUUAUUUAUGGGCCGAUCAAGGAAUUGCUAUUAGAAGAUAAUCCCCCUGUAUACAGGGAAACCUCAGUUCGAGAUUUCGUUGCUUAUUAUGAUGAGAAAGGACUUGAUGGGAACUCUGCUCUAACACAUUUCAAGUUGCAAAAAGGUGACAAGGAAAUAAGAGAACUGGAUUUGUGCCACUCUUAAUCUGAUAUUUUAUAAGAACUUUUAUGUCAUUAUCAUUUCAUAUUAUAUAAUGAUGAUAUUUGCAUAAUCUACUAGCUACUACACAAAUUAUAUGCGCAUGGUAUAAGAUGACCAUGUUUUACUGCAUGCUCUUGGAAUAAUAUGCA